CUACGACUGAAAUCUGUCACAUAAUCGUUUGGCUAUUUGCUGAGGAAAUAACUUAUUCCACAAUGACAUUCUCAACAUAUCUUUCGCUUGCAUUCUUCACGAUUUUUGGAAUUACAAAUGGCGAACCAAUCCGUGAAAUUACUGGACACGUUACAGGAAAGGUGCACGAUAACACCCCAGAUAGUGGCCUGCCAUAUUACGGUUAUCCAGCUGGCAACAAUGCCGCAGUUGGCGCUCCCGAACGAUUCCCAACAUCAUCUGGGUUUGGUAAUGCAGGACACAUUGGAGGCACUGGGCAGGGUAACACCAGACAAAUUGAAUUGCCCAAACCGCGUUAUAAUCCAGCUGGCAACAAUGCAGCAGUUGGCACUUUCGAACGAUACCCAACAUCAUCGGGGCAUGGCACCGGCCAGGGUAACACCAGGCAAAGUGACCUGCCACAACCCCGUUAUAAUCCACCUGGCAACAAUGCAGCAGUUGGUACUUUCGAACGAUCCCCAAUAUCAUCGGGGCAUGGUAAUGCAGGAAAUACUUAUACAGGUACCGUCCAAGGUAACAUCAGAGGAAGUAACCUGCCACAACCCCAUUAUAAUCCAGCUGGCAACAAUGCAGGUGGAUUUCCUCAAGGUGCUAAUACUGGUGGCAUUAGUGGAGCACGUACUCUUGUACAAUACCCAACAUCGGAGCAUGGUAAUGCAGGAAAUAGUUACGCAGGUGCCGUCCAAGGUAACAUCAGAGGAAGUAGCCUGCCACAACCUUAUUAUAAUCCAGCUGGCAACAAUGCAGGUGGAUUUUCUCAAGGUGCUAAUACUGGUGGCCAUGGUAAUGGAGGAUACGUUUCGAAUGGAAAACCGAUAAACGACAUAAACGGAAAUGUAAAUGGCGACGUAAUUGAUAAUAGCAGAAACUGAUGGUUGGUAUACCAUUUAAUGCUAAUGUGGAAGUUGUUUGUUGAAAUAAUAAAGUUAAAGAUAAGAAAGUAGUGAGCGAGCUCUUUUGUAUGAAUCAGAAUGAAUUGAAUUAAACUAUUCUGUCCAAAUUUUAUCGAGAUAUAAGACCAUUUGUAAGAAAAUAAAGCACCUGAAAGAAC